UAUUUCAUAUUAUAAUAUUAUAUUAAUGUUUAUAUGUGUAUUUAGUUUCGUUGUGAUUCUGAUUCCUGAAAGUACGACAUUAGCAGGAGUCCCUGAAUGCACCACUGUUCAAAAACUUCCCGGUGAGCUUUUCUAUAAUAGACGUUCAAGUCGGCUCGUAAAUACGGAAACCGUACAGACCAGGGUCCAGCUUUUUAAGCCACUGUGGCUUUCAGUUUCUCACAACUGGCUAACAUGUAACCGACCUGUCUCCCUCCCUCCCUCCCUCCCUCACCCUCGGUAGCGCCUCCUCGCCGCCUCUGCACCCGGUUCCAAAGUACAAGUAACGUUAACGUCAGGUUGGUUAUGUUCAUGUGAGAGUUCACCAUGUCAAAGGGCAUUUCCCCGGUCGACUAGCACCUGGAGUCGCUUCUCAGUUUGGAUCCCCUCCGACUGUCAACCCCCAAACGCUGCUGUAACGUUAAAGGUUGUUGUGUUUUUAUACAGGAAGCCCAAAAAAAAAAAAAAUGAGUCGAACCGGAGAAACAACCGGGGAAACCUCCAAAGCUUCAGCUUCCUCACAGACUAACGCCGCAGACCAACGACGGAGGACGAACAUUAUUUACAUCGUGUACCUCAUCGCUGCUCUGGAUAUCACAUGGAUGUUUCUGCAGUUCUCCGUCACCCCUUAUUUGGCAAAGAAACUCGGCUUCGACACCUUGUGGUUUGGUUAUUUACAAACCACGGUGGGUGUGAUCCAGCUGUUGGGAGGUCCAAUGUUUGGGAGGUUCGCGGAUCUCUUCGGAGCACGAGUAGCCUUGUCUCUGGCGUGUGCUUCAACCGUAGUUUUCUUUCUGCUGCUGGCCAUAGCAGACCAUCCUGCCAUGCUCUUCAUCCACAAACUGCCCACAGUCUUCAUGCAUGUCCUACCUGCAUCUCAGAUGGUCGUUGCAGACCUCUCAGAACCUGAAAAAAGGGCAGAUGCUUUAUCCAAACUUGGUCUGUGUUUCGGCGUCGGUAUGAUAGCUGGCUCCACGCUGGGCGGCCAUCUUAACACACGCUAUGGGGAGACCUUCACUGCCUGUGUUGGUGCCGUGGGGAGUGCCUUCAGCUUACUGUUGGUUUUAAAGUUUAUUCCAAAAACUACCAAGGUUCAAGCUCCAAAAACCAACACAGACAGUGAGACCAAAGGCAAGUCAGUAUUCAGCGUGGGAGAGAUCACACGACUGAUGAAGUUUCCAGGUGUGGCACGGACUUUUGUUGUGAAGGUUGUCGCCGGUUUGCCAUCAGGCAUUUUCCAGGUGAUGUUUUCCAUCAUUGCAUUGGAGUUCUUCAAGCUGCAACCUGAGCAGAACGGCUAUCUCAUGGCUUAUUUUGGCAUCGUCCAGAUGGUUAUUCAGGGAGCUGUGAUCGGUCGGCUCACAGCGAGGUACUCCGAGAACUCGCUGCUGCUUCUGUCCAUUGGAGUUUCUUCUUUGGUUGGAUUGGGUCAGGCUUACAUGCAGAAUGUGUUCCAGUUCUGUCUCACCGUGGUCCCGAUGAUGUUUUCUCUCAGUGUGUUUAAUGUCAUCACGGAUAGCAUGCUCACCAAGAGCGUACCGUCCUCUGACACAGGCACAAUGCUGGGACUGUGUGCGUCCGUCCAAUCUCUGCUUCGCACAGUCGGGCCGACUGCUGGAGGCUUCCUGUACGUGAACUACGGCAUUUCCUCUAUAGGUCUUAUCCAGUUCGUUGUGAAUAUAGCUGUGUUUGUGCACCUGCUGCAGCGUCGCCUCAAGAAGACAACAGAGCAAAAGGAAUGAGGUUGUUAGAAAAAAGCUUCUCCAUAAAAUGAACAAAGGAGGAUGGAAAUCAGUGUUUGAUUUUAUGCACAAUCAUUUGUACAGUUACUUAUAUUUAAAAGUACUUUGUUGCAGUUUACAUGAUGAGAUAAGGUCAAGUCUUUCUAGUUCAUUAUUCAGAUUUAUUUUUGCUCUGCUGUUUAAGCUGUGAUUGAGGUUCAGGACCAAACCACUAGAUGGAAGCAAAUCCUCUAUUUUACCUGACUUUUAUUUUCCAGGGUUCAUCAUACUGAGAUUUCAUUAAACCUCAUCAAAUAUUAUUAAAUAUUGGACCAAUCCAUAUUACUCCUAAUUGAGGAUAGUUAUAUCAGAAGAAUUUUUAAUAUGUAAUGAAAACAUUUAUUUAAUUAAACUUUUUUUUUUUUUAAA